AAACCCUAAACCUUAGCUCAGGCUAGAUUAGGCUUGUAAUGGGGAGCAUUAAGCCCUUGCCAGAGGCUGUUCGCGCGACAUUGCGUUCUGCCAGUAUAUUGUUUGACCUCACUAAGGUUGUGGAGGAGCUCAUUUUCAAUAGCCUCGAUGCUGAUGCGUCAAAGGUGUCAGUCUUUCUAAGUGCUGGGAGCGGCUAUGUCAAAGUGGUUGAUGAUGGAUCUGGUAUAUCUCGGGAUGGAUUGGUGUUACUGGGAGAAAGAUAUGGUUUGCUUCCUAUUGUGGUGCGUGAUUUAUUUUACAACCAACCUGUUCGAAAGAAACAUAUGCAAUCUAGCCCGAAGAAGGUGCUGCACUCUGUUAAAAAGUGUGUAUUCAGAAUUGCCCUUGUUCACCCAAUGGUUUACUUUGAUGUUAUUGAUAUUGAGGGUGAGGACAAGAUUCUCUCUGUGCAUCCUUCCUCUUCCCCUUUUCCACUUUUAAUGAGUGGUCUUGGGAUUGAGGACUGUGCCUGUCUGCAUAAGCUGAAUGCUAAUGAUGGUCCUCUCAAGCUUUCAGGCUACAUAUCUGGUCCUUGUGAUGGUGUUUCUUUUAAGGCCUUUCAAUAUAUCUAUAUCAAUUCAAGGUUUGUCUGCAAGGGUCCCAUUCAUAAGUUGCUGAACAACUUGGCCACUAGUUUCGAGUCUUUACAUCCAGAGAAGACUAAUAACUGGACCAAGAAUGGGAAGAGGAGUAGAUCUCAAGUGGUUCCGUCCUACAUACUGAAUAUUAGCUGCCCUCCGUCUUUCUAUGAUUUAACCUUUGAACCAUCAAAGACAUAUGUUGAAUUUAAGGAUUGGAAACCUAUAUUUACCUUCAUUGAGAAGGCAAUUCAACACCUCUGGAGGAAUAGUAUUGGUUUUGCUGAUGGAUUAGGACAAGCUGAAACCCUGAAGGAAGAUGACAAGAGUUCAUACUUUGUGGAGGACACUUCAACAUGUUAUUCGCCAAACAUUUUCUUUGGAAAUCGAUAUUUUUUUGAUGGAUCAUCGAAGGACUUGGAAUUUGCAACAAGGAAAAGGACUAAAAAGUAUCAACCAUCUUCUUCACAGGACAAACUAACAAUAGAUAAUUUGUUUCUUGUGGAACAUGAAGAUACGCCAUUUGCGGAGUGCAAUGGGAAUACACGAAUUAAAGAUCAACAGAAUGAAAUGAAGUUUUCUCAUUGGACAGACUAUUCUUUUCAAAGUUGGAGCGAUUUCCUUUCCAACGAUGCAUUCAUAGUAAACCAAAGGAGUGAUUGGCAUCUUUGGUCAUCUGAUAAUAACUUUGUAGCAGAAGAUUACUUUUUGGGAAAUGGAAUAAUGGCUUCUGAAAGACCAAACUGUCUCGGGUACAACAAUACAAGUUCAAAGUUAUGUAAUGAAUUCCUUAAGGUUGAGAGUUCUGUGACCGAUGAAACAGCCAGGAGUGGUUUUCCUUUUAAUUAUGGUGAACGUUGCAAUGGCUCACAGUUCAGGAAGAAUAUCAGCAAACCUCUUCUGCAAAGUUGCUUCUCCCAAAGAAACUGGCCACUAGACAAGGAGUUGAUUGAAAUUGAGGAAGGAGUUGAAUCACCAAUUGGUAGCUUUAUGAAAAAGAAGAAGCAGGUUUGCUCAAAUAAAAGCUUCAAUUCGCUGGAAGUUGAUUUAAGUGACGGGGUAUUUGAUCCCUUUUCAAAGGCCCUGUGGAAGGAUGGAGAAUCAUGUCCUCAAAUUUAUCCCAAAAGAACAGGUGGCAUUCCAAGAGAUUUUGAAGUUUUAAGAUCAUCUGCAAAGUUGUUCCUAUCAUGUGGUGGAGAUGUUUCUGUUGAAGAGAAUGACCUACGACCCGUUUCAGUCACACUAGCAGAAAACUCUGCCUCUCAUCAGUCCUUAAAUUUGGGAACCUCAAACCCCUUUACACGAUUCAGUUAUACGAAUGAAGUAGACGAGAACUUCAGAUCUGAGAAAAGGACAUGCUUUGGGCAUUUCUCUUAUGGUGAAGAUGACAACCAAUUUGGUUUUGAUCUAAUCUCAAGGGGCUCCAGACAAGAAAAAUUCAUCCGUAACCACCCAAAUACUGAAUUAGAAAUUGACUGUGCUGUAUCCUGUAGAGAGUUUGGUGAACUCUUUCAAGAGUACAAUUUAAAUCAUAAGUUUUCUCCUGAACAUUUCAAUGUGGUAACUGAAGACAGAUAUCGGCCAUGUUCAGACUCGAGUAUUAAUGAAUAUGAAAGGCAAAGAGAUUGCUUUCAUCAUCAAGGUUUUGGAAAAAACUUAAGUCCUAAAGGAAGAUCUAGAAGAAGCCAGUCAGCCCCUCCUUUUUACAUCCUGAAAAGGAGGUUUAUCUCCUUAUCUUUGCAAACAUCAGAGGAAUCUACUUCUAAUGAAGCCCAUGAUACUUGCACUUCUUUAGUGACUGGUGAUAAGAAGCCUCCACAACAAUCUUCUAGUGUGCACAAUCUAUAUUUUGAACCUAGUAUUGGGAAGAAUAGAUCGAAUAUGGAUAACAAGCCAGACACAGUGUUUGGCACCAUAGUUAAAAAAUGUGAAAAGAUAGAAUAUCAUUGCCUGGAAGAUCCUGGAGUUGUUCUCGUACAAGUACCUACCUCAAAUGGAAAUCAGGAUCCGGAAAUUUCUGCAACCAAAUGGAAGAAUUGUUUUCAACAGAACACGAGCAAUAGCAAAUCAUAUGGUACUGACAAUGAAGACGAUUUACUUGACAUUGCUUCCGGAAUCCUUUAUCUUGCCACUGAAUCAUUGGUUCCUAAAUCGAUCAGUAAGAAGUGUCUCACAGAUGCCAAGGUUCUGCAACAGGUGGAUAAGAAAUUCAUCCCAACUGUUGCUGGUGGAACUCUUGCUAUUAUUGAUCAGCAUGCUGCAGAUGAAAGAAUAAAACUAGAAGAACUUCGUCAUAUGGUCUUAUCUGGUGAAGGGAAGUCAGUCACCUAUUUGGCUACAGAGAAAGAGAUGAUCCUGCCAGAAAUGGGAUAUCAGUUGCUGCACAAUUAUUCUGAGCAAAUAAGACAGUGGGGUUGGAUCUGCGAUUUUCACACCCAAGAAUCAAGAUCCUUCAAGAAGAAUUUGAACCUUAUUCAUCCUAAGCCGGCUGUUGUCAAACUUCUUGCAGUACCUUGCAUUUUAGGUGUCAAUUUAUCUGAUGUUGAUCUGUUGGAAUUUCUUCACCAGCUUGCUGAUACGGAUGGAUCAUCAACAAUGCCUCCGUCAGUUAGUCGCAUCCUUAAUUGCAAAGCAUGCCGAGGUGCAAUUAUGUUCGGAGACACUUUACUUCAUUCAGAAUGUUCCUUAAUAGUUGAAGAGCUAAAGCAGACCUCAUUGUGCUUCCAAUGUGCUCAUGGGCGACCAACCACAGUCCCGCUUGUGAAUUUGGAGGCAUUACAUAAACAAAUAGCUAAGAUGCAAUUGAGGGGUGACGAACCAAGGGAGUUAUGGCAUGGGCUGUAUCGACAAAGAGUCAGCCUUGAACGAGCCAGCUUGCGGUUAAGAGCAGCCAAUGGAAUAACAAACUAACGUGCUAAGUUGAGUUGUUUAGGCAAUUGGGUUGCUGGAUUGAUUUUAGUAACCUGAUUUCUAAAG